GUGGUGCAAUAUUAGGAGGCAAGCUGCCGUAAAACAUCGAGAAGAAGAAGCUACUGAGCACUGAGGACUACAUUUCCCAGGACGUCUGACGGCCAAUUUGAGGAGAAGAAAAAUGGCGACGAUUAAUGGAACGGGUCUGGUGUAGCGCUUUAAAACGACAAAACCAGUUGCUGCUGUAGUUUAGCGGUAUAGUCUGUGUCUUUUAUGAUUAAGCAGUACACGCAAGACGAAGGGGUCGAGUUGAGACUGCACAUACCCAAACCGAAGCGCUAUUCCUGGAUGCUCUUUGGCUGGUUUGGACUUGUGGAUUUGGAUCCCUCUAAACCCCGCCACCAGGAUUUGAUGGUUCCUGGCUCAUGGACUUGAAUCAAGCAACAGCCUUCAGACGGAAGUCCACUGCUUCCUUUUCCUGCAGUAGCAUUAGAAAAAUUACCAGGAGCCCUCCUACUCGCAAACUCCGAUUGUCUCGGUCAUCUCCGUUAUCUGAUCUAUCUUCACAGAGCCCUAACUCAUCGAUUUAUCUGAACUAUGUAAAAGGUCACACAGAAGUGUCAUCCACUUCUGCCUCUCUGCCUCUAGCGAAACAGUCUUACACCACACGUACAGUUAACAACACCAACUUAAAGUUUUCUCUGUCAUGUGUUAGUUUUGAGGGAGGGAGCAGGAAAAGGAACAUGUACGAUCCUUUCCAUCCAUCUGAGGGAGAAGAUGAGAGGAUGGAGGGGGAAGGCGAGAAAUAUGACCCAUUUGACCCCACUGGCUCCCCAGCAUCGGAAAAUGAUAAUGAUAGUGGCAAAGUAAGGGGGGUGAGGAGGAACAUUGAGAAGGGUGAUGAUCAGAAGGAUGAAGAACGUCCUGACUCCACUGACACCUUGCCUGAUCUACCUAAUCCUGGUAUGAGCAGCCAGCUCCAUUUAAGGAGGAGAGUGGAUUGUAGCGCUGCCAAAACUGGAAGGCAAAUGGACACUGCUGACUCUGAUCAUUCUGAGAUAGAGGAAGGGGAGAUAGUUGGGGUCACUGACAAAGAUAGGAGUGGCAAGAACACAGCUGGAGAAUUUCAUGGCAUGAACACGACCAACAUUUCAUUUUUUAGUACUAAGCCAGAGCGCAUUCUUCGUGUGCUGGAUGGAGACGGCUUUGUUUCAGUGCGUGAAGAGAGUAGUUGGGAGGUAGACAGGGAAGCUGAGGAAGAGCCUGUGGUAGGAGUUGAGGAUCUGAGAAGGAAGCUGGUCAGCAGACGAAAAGAAAGAUACCUCUCUUUUCCUGCUUCAUCCCUCUCUCUCUCUCCUCAGCCUCUACCUCCCCCUUCUCAUCCUCCAGCUUCUCCACCAUCUUCCCCUCUUACUGCUGCUGUGGAGCAAGUCACCAAGCUUCAUAAAACCUCCAAGGUUUCCAAGGACUGCGACCGACCAAAAAACAAGGAAAGAAAGGGUGGGGAGAAGGAGGAGAGAAAAAAGAAGAGAAAGAAAGAUAAAGAAGGAGCCCGGGAGAGAAGCAAAGAGAAGGAGCGAGGGCACAAGAGUGGCAAUGAGGUUAAAGGUCAGAGGAGCAGCAGGAGCAGUAGCCGAAAAAGAAAGAAAAGACGACACAGCAGCCCAGAGGCCUCACGAUCCUGCAACUCUUCAGCAAGAGUUGGCCAGACUAGUAGAUCAUUUUCAAGUCUGUCUGAUGAAAGGCAGCGAGAGAGGGAAAGGGGUAAAGACAGAGAUAAGAAUAGAACGCGAGAGCGGGACAGAGAAAAAGAGAGAGAAAAGGAUUGCACCAGUAGUCAUAGAGGAGAUGAAAGAGACCGACAUUCUAGCUCUAGGAAGAGGGAGAAAGAAAGAAAGGGACGACAUUCAAGCAGCAGAGAGCGGGGCGUUUCAAAGAGAUCCAGAAGAAGUAGUGGGAAGUCAGAAGGUGAAAGAGAUGAGCAGCGUGAGAGGGACAGGCGACGGACUGGACGAUCUGUGGUUCCACCAUCGAUCCAAGACCUCAAUGGGUCUGACCUGUUUGCCAUUAAACGAACCAUCACAGUCACCACCACCACAACCACUACCACCGUACCUGGCUCUCCAAGACUUGCCCCCACCUCUCCCUGUCGCCUGACGCAGGACUCUGGUCAGGCCCAUAAGCGGAAGAAGAAGAAGAAGAAAACAUGGAAUUCAGCUGUUGAGGGAGAAAACAGACAAAGUCGUCACAGCCAUUCGAAGUCGCUUUCACCACCAAGGUAUCACAGCUACGAGUCCGACCGGUAUUCAGACAAACUGGAGAUCGACGUGUUGUCAUUGGAUGGCGAGGCAUUGGACUCUGACUACCCGUCUUUGGAGGACACACCUCCUGCCAACCAGCUCCCAGAACCACCUGCACCUAGCCCCAAAAUUAAGACCGCUCCGAAGGCUGGACGUCAUCACCCGAAAAAGAAAUUUCGCACUUUAAAGAAAAUCGGACAGUCAGAAUCCUCCUCCUCCUCCUCCAACAGAACUAAAAGCAAAUGCCUCUCCUCGCACACAGUCACUUCAGGGUCUGCCUCCGUUUCAUCCGGUCAACCCCCGGCGAAGCGAGUGAGGAAGAUGGGAAAGGACAAAGAGAGAGACAAGGCCAACAGGAAAGAUGCAGUUCGCUCUGGCAAAUCCAAGAAAGAGAGCAGCAGCGGUCAGAAAGGCAAACUCCAGUCCAAAGUGUCUGUGUUGGUGCGUGAGGGUGUGAGCAGCACCACCGGAACAUCAGUUGGCACUGGGAAGCUGGGCAUGGACCUGCUAGGGCCAGGAGGUACCGGAGGGGGUUCUGGGAGUUCUGUAGUAGGUGGAUCAAUUGCUGUAGUUUUCUGCAGGGACAAUGAGAGCAGAUCACCGUUCCUUAAACCGUGCUCAGAGCCGCUGUCUUUGGGCGGCCGCAACAAAGACCUGGGCAGCAUGGGAAAAAGAAGCAGCCUGGCUGCACCUCCGUCCUCCUUAACCAGUCUCACAGGACUGAAAUCCAAGAAAACAAAACCCAGCUCCAUCACUUCCACCUCCUCUUCUGCCUCAUCCCCCUCAUCAACUCUCAUAACAAAGCGCCGCCGUCGCCUGGCUAAGAAGACUGUAGAGAAAGGUGUGACUUCAGGGUUACCACCUGCAGAUGGCAACCAAGCAAAAGCUGCGCCCGAGGGCUGGGGAGACAGCUCGCUAGAGGUUCAGUCAGCGGUGGAAGAUGGAAGCAAGUCCGUCAGUCCUCAUCCUGGCCAGGCUGAUCCUACACUCUGUUCUUCUUCUUCCUCCUUUUCCUCCACCUCUUCUUCCUCCUCCUCUACCAGUGUGCUCCCACCCUCCUCCUCACCACCACACACUCCUCCACCUUCUAUGGCUCCUUUGCGAGACACCAGGGAGUCUUCACCAGACUCCCAAACUGUGGACAGCAGCUGUAAGACCCCAGACCCACCUUUCCUACCCGAGGACUGUCCAAGUCAGACCAGCCCCGCACUUCAAGCAUCCAGUCCAUCCAGCCCCCAGAGAGCUGGUCUUAGUAAUGCCUUGUCUACACCCACUGCCAAACCCCCUCCACCAGAUGAUGCAUCCAAAUCUCUGGCCUCACCUCCUUGCUCAUCCUCUUCAGCAGGAUGUGGUCUCACAUCUCUUUCUUCAUUAGACCCCUCUUCUUCCUCAUCUGUGUCAUCUUCAUGUACCAGUAAGCCGCCUCCUCCCCCUCCAGCUGCACCUGCCCUCCCCUGGAGCCUGCAGACUGGGGUCGACUGCACAACUGGAGGAGUCCUAGCGUUAACAGCUCUGCUUUUCAAAAUGGAGGAGGCCAAUAUUGCAAGCAGGGCCAAAGCACAGGAGUUUAUUCAAGCGACCAGUCAGAUCCUUUCGCAGGCCAAUCAGAGCCAGUCUCAGCAGCUUGCUCCUCCAUCCUCAGCCUCCUCCAUACAGAUUCCUCCCCCUCCUUCUCUACCUCCACCUACUGGUCUGAGUCCAGCCCAGUUCAUCCUCCACAGCUCCCUCCCACUGGUCUCUUGCACCAAAACGCCACCUUCUCACCUGCAUCCCUCCAUAGGCACUGGAUGUGCUCAGACCCCACCACCCAGUCUGCCUGUGGGACUGUCAGGAGUGACUGGUUGCUCUGGUGACUCUGGGUGGGACAAUGAGAGCAAAGACCCUGAUAAGUAUUUGAAGAAGCUGCACACACAGGAGCGAGCGGUGGAGGAAGUGAAGCUCGCCAUCAAACCUUACUAUCAGCGCAAGGACAUAAACAAGGAUGAAUACAAAGACAUCCUGAGGAAAGCUGUGCAUAAGAUCUGUCAUAGUCGCACUGGAGAGAUCAACCCAGUCAAAGUCAGCAACCUCGUCAAACUGUACGUCCAGCGAUACAAAUAUUUCCGGAAACACGGGCGCAAAAUGGAUGAGGAGGAGCGGGAUGACAGGGAGCCUGGAGUGCUGCAUUCCUCGGCCUAAUGAUAGACUUUUCUUUUUGAAUGUUCCCCACACUGCCUUCUGCUUGGGCCAAAACCUGGGCCUUCCACUGAUUGGUUUCUGUUUUAUUGCUUUCAUAUCCCACCUUGUCUAUGCUUUUAUGUGAUGUUAUGGAAGUCUACUUAAUCUCUGUGGUUUCACUGUAAAUAUUUCUCAUUUAGAAAAUUAUCAUGUAUGCAUUGUUGAGGAAGUGGGUGAUCAUGCACAGCUGUAUGAUCCAGAACACCUAGCCUGCAAUAAACACUACGUUUGUCAAGUUCA